AUGACUUUGCUGGUAUUCACUGGUUGGGCGCGGUCGUCAUUUGCGCCAGACUGGAAGCUGCAAGAGCAUUGGAAUUCAUGGAAGGGAGAUCUACCUUUUAGUGGAACCCAGAUCCUAUUUGAUGAGCCUCUGUACCGCAAUGGCCCACGUGCAGUCUUUUGGCCAGACUUUAACAAGGAUCAUCCUCGAAACGCAAUUUGGAGGGUGCUUGGUGUGGUAUGUGAUUAUAAUCGGUGGGAACUAGAAUCAGGUCAAAUUCUGAUCGAUAAACGCGGUAACGGAGGGCUGAAUCUCGCUGCCCUACACGUGGCAGUUCAUAUGGCUCACGAGCAGUCUUUUUAUUAUAUGCUAAGUGGGGGAGACAAGGAUACUUUUCGGUACGCGUUUUGGGCGUUGGGUCUGGAUUAUACCCCUGCCCCCUCGGUGGCUGUCAUCCCUCGGGGCGGUGUUGGGAUGUUACAGUAUGGAAUAUCUGAACCCCCGAAGCCCCAAUUUGCUCAUUGA